UGUGUUCUGUGUGUAUAACUGAAGGUUGCACUAGUUUGGUCUUGAAUUUUGAGUGCGUAGUCUUUUUUUUCAUAAAACCCGAAGCUCGUCUACCGGAUCAAAGCAGGAGACAUUGCCCCUAAAACUAUCGGACUGAUUCGGAGAGUGCCUCUGUUCCACUAAAUUAAGACUAAAAGGUCAACCUUCCGUGUACGCACAGAACAUGGAUGACAUCAUCCGCACAGUCUUUACGGCUGUGCUAUGGACCCUUUCCUCAUCCCAUGAAUACCACAAAAACAUCACAAUUAAAUCUGGACAGAACAUCACUCUGCCAUGUCGAGCUUCAAACACAUCCUUCAUAGCUGUAGAGUGGAGCAGAUUUGACUUAAAGCCAGAAUAUGUACUUUUAAACCGCGACGGGCACUUUGACCCACACAGCCAGCAUUUAUCUUUUAUGAAUCGAGUUGAUCUGCAGGAGAGAAAAAUGAAGGAUGGAGAAGUGUCUUUGAUUCUGAAGGACAUGACGACUGAUGACACUGGAACGUACGAGUGUCGUGUCUUCAUGGAAGAAACACGCUUGUGGAAAUCCAUCAGCAUCAUCACCCUGAGAGUUGUUGAUCCUCCAGGUCCGCCAGUAGAGAAUCGACUUGUGGGACUGAUCAUUGGAGUCAUCGUUGGUCUGUCAGCUGUGGUGAUUUUUGUGGCCUUUGUCAUGCAUAAAAAUCCGGAAAAAAGACAAAACAUAUUUCUUGUUCCAUCUUGUCACGAACGGAUACGACAUUGUUUCUGUAGACGAGCAGAGGCUCAUGUAACAUCGGCAGUAAUAUAAUUUCCCUUCCUCUUCCCUUUCCCUUUUCAUCCCCCUCUUUGAAUUGCCACCUUAUCGUGGUGGAGGGGUUUGUGAGCUCAGACGAUCCUGGGAGCUGAGUUGUCUGGAGCGUUCAGCUCCUGGUAGGGUCUCCCAUGACAAACAGGUCCCAGGUGAUGAGCCAGACUAAGAGCAAUUCAAAAAAAAACAUUGUACUGUUUGUACCAAUCAUGUGGACAACAGCUAAAUCUGAUUUAGUGACUUAAUGUCACCUAAGACAUGAUUGCGGGUUAUAAAAACCUGUGAUAAUGAAAGGACAAUAUGUAACUGUUAAAUGUAAUAAAAAUGAUUUAGACUUGAAACACCAGACCACACAACUCUGUACGAACACACCAACAUUUUGGCUGGUUUGGACCAGGUAAAGACAACAUUCUGUAUCCUGUAAAUUCAGCUGUCAUAUUAACAGAACACUGAAAGUAUACCUGCUUUCUAUAGACUGGGGCACUUCAGGCUAAAUUAUGUGUUCACUGCAUCUAAAAAACAAUAAUGAUGCUAUGUGUUUAUUAUCAGGUCAUUUGUAUGUUCAUGUCAGUAAGAAAUGGAAUCAAAAUUCUUAGAUUAGCAUUUAUGUACAGUUUAAUGUUUUAUUGUUGCUGUGCACUGAAAGCAGCAGUUUGGAAAUCAGAUUGUUGUUUAAACUUUACUUGGUGAAAUGUGUGUGGUGUGGGGUUUUUUUUUUUUGUUUUGUUUUGUUUUGUUUUUUUUCCUCCUCUUCAGUACUUUGUGUGAUCCUGUACUGACUGUGAUCAGUGUGACUGGAGCCAUGGUUGGUUUGCAGAACUGUUAAUAAAAGCUGUUUGUUGCA